CUGCAGGCAAGGAGGACGCGGUGGUGGGACAGGGAUCUGCUGUAGCUCGGGCGGCGCCUCCCUGCGGUGGCCCGGCCCGGCUCCGGCCCUGCCGGGGCGAUGCUCCCCGAGGCCGCGGGAUGAGCCAGGUGAGCGCGGGGACCCCCAGCACCCACUGCCCGGCUCACACUGAAGGGGACCUGGCGGCGGCAGCCGCGGGCCUCUGUUCCCCAGGGCUGUGUGACCUUGGGCAGCCCCGCACCCUCUCUGGGCCGAAGCCCAGAGGACAGCCAGGACUGGCGAAGGCCCUUCUGAGUCCCGGCUCACAGGCACCAGCCUGGGGCGCUAGAGAGGCUCCUUGGAGGAGGCGGGGCCUGGCCCGAGCCAGCCGGUUGCCGGAUCAGCAACGAGGGCAGGUCGGCCCGGCUCCGCCACCCACUGCUCUGUGACCUUAAGCGAGCUCUGCGCCUCAGUUUCCUCAUCUGUAAAAUGGAGAUAAUAUCACUGCACGCUCAGACGUGGCCAAGUGACUCGGCUGGCCUGGGCAUGGCAGACCCCGUGGUGGGCAUCGCGGGCUCGGCAGCCAAGAGCGUGCGGCCGUUCCGCUCAAGUGAGGCCUAUGUGGAGGCCAUGAAGGAGGACCUGGCCGAGUGGCUCAACGCCUUGUACGGCCUGGGUCUGCCCAGCGGUGGCGAUGGCUUCCUGACGGGGCUGGCCACGGGCACCACCCUGUGCCAGCAUGCCAAUGCCGUCACCGAGGCCGCCCGCGCGAUGGCCGCCGCCCACCCAGCCCGUGGGGUGGCCUUCCAGGCACACAGCGUGGCACCCGGCUCCUUCAUGGCCCGAGACAAUGUGGCCACCUUCAUCGGCUGGUGCCGCGCAGAGCUGGGUGUGCCCGAAGUGCUCAUGUUCGAGACCGAGGACUUGGUGCUGCGAAAGAACGAGAAAAGCGUGGUGCUGUGCCUGCUGGAGGUGGCGCGGCGCGGGGCCCGCCUCGGCCUGCUGGCCCCUCGCCUUGUGCAGUUCGAACAGGAGAUUGAGCGGGAGCUGCGCGCCGCGCCCCCGGCCCCCAACGCCCCCAGUGCCGGGGAGGACGCUGCCACCGCCGCUGCUGCUGCUGCCGAGAUCGCCACCACCCCGGGGGCUCCCGCCCGCGGGCCCCGCAUGACACCCAGCGACCUGCGCAACCUUGACGAGCUGGUGAGAGAGAUCUUGGGGCGCUGCACCUGCCCAGACCAGUUUCCCAUGAUCAAAGUCUCGGAGGGAAAAUACCGCGUGGGAGACUCCAGUCUGCUCAUCUUUGUGCGGGUGCUGAGAAGCCACGUGAUGGUGCGCGUGGGCGGUGGCUGGGACACGCUGGAGCACUACCUGGACAAGCACGACCCCUGCCGCUGCUCCUCCACGGCCCACCGCCCACCCCAGACGAGGGCCCGCACCUUCUCCCCGCAGCGGGUGUCGCCCACCCGCAGCCCCCGAGCUGGUAGCCCAGCCCCCGGGGGUGAGCGCAGGGGCUCCCGCCCGGAGGUGACACCCAUUAGCUUACGCAGCUCGAAGGAGGGGCCCGAGACCCCGCUCAGGGUCCGGGACCAGCUGCCCCCCCAUCCCCGCUCCCGCCGCUACUCCGGGGACAGCGAUUCCUCAGCCUCCUCAGCCCAGAGCGGCCCCCUUGGUGCCCGCAGUGAAGACUCAGGCACUGGCCCCCGACGGGAACGGCCCAGCCGGCGGGUGACCACAGGCACUCCGGCCUCCCCGAGACGCCCCCCCGCCGCGCGCAGCCAGUCCCGAGACCGGCUGGAUCGGGGGCGGCCGCGUGGGGCCCCAGGAGGUAGGGGAGGCAAGCUGUUGGGCCCCAGCCCUGCCCGGCGGGCCCGGAGCCAGAGCCGUGAAGAGCAGGCUGUGCUGCUGGUGCGUCGGGACCAAGAUGGGCAGCACUCGUGGAUGCCACGGGGCAGGAGCAGCCCCCAGACUCCCCGUGCCCACAGCCCCGCAGGCCCCCGGCCUCCCCGGGUCCCCAUCUCCAGUCCAGAGUUGAGCACCACCCCAGCCAGUGUCUUCCGCACCCCCCUGCAGCUUGACCCAAAGCAGGAGCAGCAACUAUUCCGGCGCCUGGAAGAGGAGUUCCUGGCCAAUGCCCGAGCCCUUGAGGUUGCUGCUGGCGGGACCCCCACUGGACCAGCCCCUGACCUGGUUCGGGCCCCAGACCCUCCAGCUCCUGACUCAGCCUACUGUUCCUCCAGCUCCUCCUCUUCGUCCCUCAGCGUCCUGGGUGGCAAGUGUGGCCAACCCGCAGACUCUGGCAGGAUGCCCAAUGGGCUGCCCGGGCCCCGAGGCCCAGCUCUGUCCAGCUCUUCCGAUGAAGGCAACCCCUGCCCCGGUGUAGGGGGCCCACCAGAUGCACCUGGGAGCCCCAUGGCCGGCCCAGAGCCCCUGAGGACCUGGGCACGAGGCCGGAUGGACACACAGCCAGACCGAAAACCCUCACGCAUCCCCACACCGAGGGGCCCCCGCCGCCCAUCUGGACCCACGGAGACCAGGGCCUGGCAUGCCCUGCACUCAGUCAGCCCAAGGGUUGAGCCGGAUUCCUGGAUGUGAUGGACCAGCCCAGCUGCCCCCAGUCCCCCAUUCCUUCUCCUUUUCCUUUGUGGCCUUAACCCCUCUGCAUCAGGGAGCCCCCCCCACCCCCCGCCUCUUGGGGACCAGACCUCAUGGGACCAGACCCCUUGGGACCACAUGGCACAAUGGGACCUCUGUUGUACAUUCCGGUUGGGGGAUGAGCAUUGCUAUUUAAUUACUAAUAUUAUUGAAUGCCUUAGAGGGGGCUGGGCCAGCCCAAUAAGGACCCUUCCUGAGGUCCUGUGGCCCUGCAGAGCCUGACAGUAAAGUUUUGUUCCAGCU